CGGCGCCGCUGGGGGCGGCUGCGGGAGGCGGGCGCCGCCACUCGGGGUUGGGCAUAGAGUCCGCCGGGCUUGAGGCCGAGCCGAGCCGCCGCCAUGCCCUCGGAGAAGAGCUUCAAGCAGCGCCGCACCUUCGAGCAAAGAGUUGAAGAUGUACGACUGAUCCGAGAUCAGCAUCCAACUAAAAUACCGGUGAUCAUCGAAAGGUACAAGGGGGAGAAGCAGCUCCCAGUUUUGGAUAAGACCAAGUUCCUGGUGCCAGAUCACGUCAACAUGAGCGAGCUAAUCAAAAUCAUCAGGCGACGCCUGCAGCUGAACUCCAACCAGGCCUUCUUCCUCCUGGUGAACGGGCACAGCAUGGUGAGCGUCUCCACGCCCAUCUCCGAGGUGUACGAGAGCGAGAAGGACGAGGACGGGUUCCUGUACAUGGUGUACGCCUCUCAGGAGACUUUUGGAGUGCAAUCUUCCGUCUAGGACACGCAGGUGGCUUCUAGCCUAGGAUUUCGGUUUACCCUUGGCCAUCACCCCCACUUUUCCCCACACGCACCCCAGGGAAAGAAACGGAUGUCACCUACGCUCUCAGUACCUUAGCAUAGUCUUGCUUUAGCAGGUGUCUUAUCUUACCUUGCCUUGUUUGUGACUAUUAAACAGUACAGACGAGCGCCUCCAGCUUUGAAACCUGCUGUAAUAUUCCACACAGGCACGUUUACAUGUCUGGACUUGACGAACGGAACCCAAUUGUGCAUGCGAUGAUUGCAAAUAAAAGGGACACUCGAUUGACUUUAACGAGCAAGCAGGCACCAGUGAGGAGCUAAAGUGUUUCAUGUGACAGUUCUCUGGAGAAUCCCCCUGUGAUUCCUUAAAGCUUUUCUUUCAUUUUGUUAAUGGAGGGGGGUGGUUUCUAAUUGAGAGCAAAUGUGUUUUCAUGUUCCAAAGCAGAGCUUUGCCUUCUGCAGCUCGUUGAGAUCUGUGUCUUUGCUGCAGCCGUUGAGGUGAGCGCUUGGGGUGAGCUGGGGUUGUGCAGCUCUUGGUCUCCUUUUGGCACUGCUGCCGUAGAGGACAGUGCAGUUAUCUGAAAUAACUCAUACCAAACACCACAGCUUUAUGAUAGUUUUAGGAAGCGUUAACUGUAAACGCCUGGAUAGGUAACACUGAAAUAAACUCCAGUCUGUCGUUAAUUUCCAACGCCUGCGUGUUCAGUGAAACACUGUUGUUUGUAGGGGCUUGUUUCCAAACGAUCCUCCCUCUGAGCUGCAGCCCUGGCCUGGGAGGAGGCGAAGGGCGCUGCUGCCAGCGGGGCUGGCUGGUGGGAAGCAACCCAGUGUGUGUAAGCCCUGCGACAGGAGCAGGUGAACAGCUUUGUUAACCACCUCCAUCCUGAGCAUGGGGCUCAGACACGCUGCUGGCAUUAAGACCCUGUUGUGUCACUUGUUUUGCAUGUUACCACUGGUUGGGUUGGGCAGAAGCGCUUUCUAUCAGCCCCUCGUGUCCAGGAGCUGCUGUUGGGAUGUGAUGAACAAAAGAGUUUUCCCAUCUCCGAAGCCUCCUGCAUGGACCCGGAGCAGGGAGCAGCCUGUGCAGGGGAAGGCUGUCUGCUUAGCCCCUUGUUUUUCCUCUUAGACUCGUUGUCAAGUGAAGCGUAGCAGGAUGAGAUUCCUCUUGUAUAUUACGUGUCUGUGAACUAACUCCAUCUGUUACUGGAAGCUAACUUACUACAUUGGGGGGGAGGGGGGGAGAAGAAGCAAUACUACUGCGUCUCUUAGCUCAAUAAGGUGUACAGUUCGUACCCAGCGGCACCUCUUUGCAUGCAUCUCGUUUAGAACACAGCGCUUACUCCAUGAUCCGUUUGUUUAACGUCCUUUUGUGUUUUUACUCCGGCGUAAACUUUUCGACGCGGCUCGUUCUCUGUUCUGAGUUCCGUUGGUGGAAGGGAUCGUUUUAACUCAUGACUGACAACAAAAAAAAAGAGCUUGACUUGUAAUUACAACGUGAUCGACUGAUAUUCCUGUACAAAUGUUGCUUUUAUAAAACGAAUACAGUGCUGGUAGGGGUGGAUUCCAUCCCAACUCAA